AAACACUUAUACAUAUACUCCCACAGGCGGGGCGAGUCGAACUGCAAGCUGCACAAAAUAUUUGGCUAAAAAAGUGCAACAGAGUGGUAGCAAAAUGUGUGUCUAUUUGGGAGCCACUGACGAUCUGAUGGAGAUAACUUUCUUCGUUCUGUGCCGUGUCCUGGAGCUAUCCCUGUUCACCUGCAUGAUGAUUUGCAACGCGAUCAAAUCCAAGUGGAACAACACCAAGGCCCUCGAGAUGGCGGAGCCCUGACCCAGCGGAUGGCAGCAUGACUGCAUCAAUGUGGAGCCCCAUGCAAAUUCAAUAGUGUGAAUGCUUCUUCAUGUGUGUGUCUAGAAGUUAACUUGGCAAUGAAAAUAUCCCUAGGAAUAAGCUUAAAUGUACGUACAUA